AUGGAGCAAUCAGAUUCAAAACACGAAAAAGAACAAGUAGAUAAAGGAGAUGAUCUUAGAUCCGACGAUCAAUUUGAAAUAGCGAUUAAAUACUCUGACAACGCCAUAAAAAUUGCAAAAGAACGUGGAGAUACAUCGAAAGAAACAUAUGCAUUACUUGACAAAGGAUUUGCUUACGCAACGAACAAUCAGUUUGAAGCUGCAAUCGAAAACUUCCAGAAAGCAUUGAAACUCGCAAAGGAUAACGAAUAUAAACAACUUGAAACAAAGGCAUUAGUUUGGUUGGGAGAGAUGCUUACAGAGGCAAAAAACAGUUUCCAACAGCAAUCGAAUACUUUAAGAAAGCCUUGAAAAUUGCCAGAAAGCAUGAAAAUAAAUACCAAGAAACCGAGGCAUUACUUGGGUUAGGAGAUGCUUAUAGAGGCACAUUUAAGUUUCAAAAAGCAAUUAAAGACUUUAACAAAGCCUUGGAAAUUGCCCAAAAGCAUGGAAAUAAAUACCAAGAAACAGAGGCAUUACUUGGGUUAGGAGAUGUUUAUAGAGGAACCAAUCAGUUUCAAAAGGCAAUUCAAGAUACUAAGAAAGGUUUGGAAAUUGCAAAUGAGAAUGAAUAUAGACAACUAAAAACAAGGGCGUUGCUUGGGUUAGGAGAUGCUAAUAGAAGCAACAAUCAGGUUCGAACGGCAGUGGAAAAGUUAGAGGAAGGGUUGGAAGUGGCAAUGAAGGAUAAUGAUAAACAACAGGAAAUAAGAGCAUUAGUGGGCUUAGCACGUGGUCAUAGAGUGAAAAAUGAGUUUGAAAAGGCAAUUGGAUACUUUGACAAUGCUGUGGAAAUUGCAAAAAAAUAUGGAGACAAAUACCAAAAAACAGAGGCAUUACUUGGGUUAGGAGAUGCUUACAGAGCGAACAGUGAUUUUGAAACGGCAGUUAAAUACCUGGGGGAAGCAUUGGAACUGGCAAAAACACAUGAGUAUAAACAAUUGGAGACAAUGGCAUUAAUUGGGUUAGGACGUGUUUACAGAGGGAAGUGUGAGUUUCCAAUAGCAAUUAAAUACCUUGAGGAAGCUUUGGAAAUUUCAAAGGAGCAAGAAGAUAAACAACAGGAAAUUAGUGCAUUACUGGUCUUGGCGCAAGUUAAUAUAUCGAAAAAAAUGGGGGGAAAUGCAAUUAAAUACUGUAAGAAAAGCUUGAAGAUUGCCAAACGACGAAAAUAUACACAACGAAAACAAGAGGCAUUACUUUGCUUGAGAGAUGCUUAUACGUUGAACAAACAGCCUCAAAAGGCUUUACGAUGCUCUCAAGAAGCGUUGCGUAUUGGAGAAGUUCGAGAAGAUAGAUCUCCAGAAAAUAUCGGUAAGCUUAUUGUACCGCUGCUUUCUUUACCUCAUUCAAUCCUGUCCAGACUGGGGAGUGGAGAGGGGGGUGGAAACUUCCCGCACUGAUUUUAAAAGUUCAUAUCUGCUAAACGAUUGGUCUAAAAUUUGUUGACUUUUCCAAAAUAUUUAAGGGCCUUGUGUAUGGAAACUUGGUGAAAAAAUUCUGAUAAACGCUCUCUCCCAACAAGCGAAAUCAUUUAUUAAAGUAUACGCUGGUUGAAUUAUUAUCGUUGGGGUUCAUGAGUAGUGGAGUGCAAGCUAUAUGAGAGAAGUUGUGUUUUCGCAAGUUUUUACUGUCGUAUGUAAGGCUAUUAAUUCUCGCAUUCUCUAUAAACGCUCCCUCCCGUAAAAGUACGAAAUGUAAUAAAUGCCUAAAGCGUUUAUUGGAAGGAAAUACCUUAUUGUAAUUAGCGUUAUCCCUUUAAAGUAAAGUAUGCAACUAUUCCAUUUAAGUAAAGUUUUUAUACCUGAUAUCUAUGGGAAGCUGUACUCGACGAAUCUUGUAUUUAACUGUAUUUUUAAUCUUCACGUUCAGAUACAGUUCAAACAUUAAAUACCUCAGACGUUGCUCAACGUGAAAAUGAUGAUGAGAACGAAGCUACCACUGCAGUAAAAGAAUCAGACUCGGGAUGUUCUUACAAAAAUGAAUGUAAAGACCAAC